AUGGAAGGCUUGAGAGAAGUGGAAGAAAUGGUUGUAAUAGUAGGAGCAGGGCCUUCAGGAUUAGCCGUCUCUGCAUGCCUAAACGUCCUUUCAAUCCCCAACAUAGUCCUUGAGAGGGAAGAUUGUUGUGCCUCCUUAUGGAAGAAACACUCUUAUGAUCGUCUAAAGCUUCAUUUAGCAAAGGAAUUCUGUCAACUCCCUCAUAUGCCAUUUCCUUCUAAGGCACCAACCUAUGUCUCAAAGAAAGGUUUCAUUAACUACUUGGAUAAUUAUGUUUCUCAUUUUAACAUAAACCCAAUGUAUUGUCGUUCAGUUGAGUCGGCGACGUACGACGGAGUCACCGGAAAAUGGCGAGUCACGGCCAAAAAUAGUGUCUCCGGUGAGUUUGAGGUAUAUGUUGGUAAGUUUUUAGUUGUGGCAACUGGUGAGAACAGUGGAGGCUUUAUUCCUAAUGUUAAUGGGUUGGAGAGCUUUGGAGGUGAUAUUCUACACUCUAGUGAAUAUAGGAAUGGAAAGAAUUAUUGUGAUAAGGAGGUUUUGGUUGUUGGGUCUGGCAACUCUGGCAUGGAGAUAGCUUAUGAUCUGUCAAACUGGGGAGCAAAGACCUCUAUUGUUGUUCGUAGCCCGGUUCAUGUUUUCACAAAAGAGAUGGUGCGAGUAGGCAUGGUUCUAUUGAAAUCCCGCAUUCCAUUGUCUAUAGUGGAUUCUAUAAUGGUGACGCUUAGCAAGUUAAAGUAUGGAAAAUCUUCUAAGAAUCCAAUUAAAAGACCAAAGCAGGGACCAUUUUAUCGCAAGGCAACGAUCGGUCGAACUCCAACUAUAGAUGUUGGGGCUAUGAAGAGGAUUAAGAAGGGAGAGAUCAAAGUUUUCCCUGCGAUAUCAACUAUAAAAGGGAAUGAAGUAACAUUUGUUAAUGACGAUUCACAAGAGUUUGAUGCUAUAGUCUUUGCCACAGGCUAUAGAAGCACCACCCGUGAUUGGCUUAAGGGUGGUGAUGACCUUUUUAAUGAGCAUGGAAUGCCUAAAUUGAGUUUCCCAAAUCAUUGGAAAGGACAAUGUGGUCUCUAUAAUGUGGGAUUUGCAAGGAAAGGGUUGGAUGGAAUCUCAACUGAUGCAAAGAAUAUAGCUAAGAAUAUUAAUAUGGUUCUAAGGUACUGA